AUGAACCCUCCAACCGGAAGAGAGGAACCGGACCAGCCAGCCUCAUACACCCCCGUCCUCGAACAGCAUCUGGACCACCGCCCCCUCCCAGAGCAGCAGCUCCACAACAGGCCCACACAAGAACCACCACGCUCAUGCAAUAUAAGCGGUUCUGUCCAACUCCUAACACUACAUGACUCACUCUGCUUCAUCUGGACCGGCUUCAGCAGGAGGGGCGGGCUUUACCUGAACGCCUACGAAGUCUCAUUUCCCCUGGAGGAGAAUAUGGACCCGCCCCCUUCGUACCACCUGACCAACGGCACUCAGAUGACAGACGACCCAGGUCUCCAGGAUCCGCCCCCCCAUGCCCCCUACAGUCCCUUCAUCCUGGUCUCUAAUCUUCGGGCUCAUCUGUACGUGGCUCUGGAGAAAAACGUGUGGAUGCAGAAACGCAUCGAGGAGCUGGAAGAGGAGAGGAACUAUCUCCGAUGUCAGUUAGACCGAUUUAUAAUCAGCAUGAGGAGUCCGACUGAACAGGUGACUGAUUGGGGCGGAGACUCCCAGCGGGGGGUGAAGGUCCAGCCCACCGUUCCUCCAAACCCCCCCUCCCCAAUGACCACCAGGUCUGGGAUGACCCUCAACGCCUUCAGGACCAGGUCUAAGGCCCCGCCGUGGCACCGCCCCCAUCCCAGGCAGAAAGGUGAGGCUCAUGUGACCACUGCACACAUCACAACGGGCAGAGAGGUGAGCUCAUGUGGCCGCGCCGCAUCACAACAGGCAGAUAGGGAGGGUCAUGUGACCACACCACCUCACAACAGGCAGAGAGUGAAGGACCCAGAUGGGGUUCUGAUCCGGUACAAGAAGAUCCUGUCCACCUACCAGCGGGUCCGGAGUAUGUCCAGGGCCUUCCAGAUCCACGGCGUGGACAGAAACACCAUGGCGUCCACGUCACCCAUCGCUGAGCUGCUGCUGGUGGCACCAGAGAAGGUGGCGGACGUCGGUGAGUUUGACCCGUCUAAGGAGAAGCUUCUGGAUUAUGCCCGACGCUGUUAUAAGACCAUGGACGAGCAAACGCACGCCAAAGUCCAGAGCAUGAAGAAGACGCACAAGCUGCUGCCCAUCUCCUAUAGGUUCAGGAACUGACCAAUGGGAGGCAGCAGAGGAGGAGGCACCGCCCCCUUUUUUCAGUGUCACUUAAAGAAACAAUAAUAAAUGUGACAAGUCCAACACAGUUAA